CCAGACGGCCAGAAUCGUCUUCUAUAGGUUGAUGUUUAUAAGGCUCUCGCCAUUACCUCUCCUUUCCUACUCUUUCAGUUGUCUGCUUCCAGAGCUUUCCCUCCACAGCAUCUUGUUCAUUCGUGAUUCUGGUGGCUUUUCCAUUUAACUGUCUAAGUAUUUGAUCAUCGUCAAUGGACAGACAAGGUUUGGAUUGUUGACAUCUGAGAUUGGUUGCGUGAGAAGCUGAGGAAGGGCGGCGAUCCCGUAACGAAUCAAUCCAUGAAUUCUAGGAGCAGGGAUUUCCGUGGCAAUAAAGCUGCUCUUUUUGAUGGCAUCGAGGAAGGUGGCAUCAGGGCAUCGGCUUCUUACUCCCAUGAAAUUGACGAGCAUGAUAAUGAAAUGGCGUUAGAAGGAUUGCAAGAUAGGGUCAUUCUGCUUAAGAGACUGUCAGGUGAUAUAAAUGAGGAGGUGGAUAGUCAUAAUCGGAUGCUAGACAGAAUGGGAAACGAUAUGGAUGUAUCUAGAGGGAUCCUUUCAGGCACUAUGGAUCGGUUUAAGAUGGUAUUUGAGACGAAAUCUAGCCGGAGAAUGUUUACACUUGUGGCAUCUUUUGUGGUCGUUUUCCUUGUCAUAUACUAUAUAACUAGGUAAUGUUGUGUAAUCAAUUCACCAUGGACUGGAUACAUCUGCUAGCUUUAUAUUAGGACUGUGACUGCUGUAUAGAAUUUCUCCCAUGUUUGUAUAAAUACGUUCCAAUAUGUCAAAUGUGUGUUGAAUUUAAUGGAUGAAGAACGGAACAGCGCACCAAUUAUUGAAUGCAAAUGACAAUAGCCUCACUUUGUAGUAGCA